UCUAUGACGUAACAAUUACACGUGUGUACGUAGAUCUACGUAGGCUAGGCUGUGUAGCUAACGUACACUGCACUAGAAAGAGUCAGUACCGAUUACAGUCAUCCACAGUAAUACAUUUUGUGUCAGACUAUGAACAGUCUACUGCUGUCUGCAAUGUUCCAUACAUCCACAGAGCGCUAGCAAACUAGAGGUCAGAGUUCAAAGGUUCAGUCAGUUGAUCCCUCACAUUUGCCCGUCGGGCAGCUGAAUACUUUCUGGUUGUUCGUCAAGACUUUCGUCCGUUCCUUGCAGUUCAUUAGUAGUCUUGUUCAUGUCCAAGGAACAUCAGGGAGGAGGUUUUGAAACUCAGCCAUAGGUACUGGACUAGAGUAUUUGCAUGUUGAUGUUUUACUUCAGCAGUGCCCUUCCUCGUCGUGUAAAGUUUCAAUUGAAAUAUUUCCAGCAAUUCAGUUAGUCGAGUGGGAGUAGUUCGUAGUGUUUAUUGUGAUCAAUGGAAGCGAGACGGAAGGGGACCAUCCUAGACUAUCUUGAAGAAACUGUGAAGAAAUUUGCUGAUGCAGUUUCUGAGAAAGGGCGAGCGAUGUAUGAGAUAUGGGCGUUGGUGUUCAACGUCCUUCAUGCCCUGCACAGUACUGGAGCAGAGAAAGUUAGAUGGUCACUACCUGGUCAUGUAUUCACAUGCUCCUACACACUAGGAGUCACGAUGAUACUUGUUCUCUGCUGGUGUGGUGAACAUUUGGGUGAUGAAAUGAUGCACGGUCUUGUCGACUAUAUUCUUCACUUCAAGACAGUUGAUGUCAAUGAAAAAGAAGAUUAUACCCACGGCAACUUGACUCUCUUACACCAUUGUGCAGGGAAAGGCAAUGCACGUUUAGCAAAACUGCUCAUCGAACGCGGCGCUUGCCUGAACGCACAGGACAGCUGGGUAAGAAAUAGUGUUACUCUAGAGUCUGGUUGUCUCAACUGAAUUCUCAGUUUGUAUGUUCUUACAUGUCUGUGUGUAUGUCUGUAAGACAAUCUGUUCAUCGUUCGUACUUGUAUGUCCUUGUGUCCACGUGUGUUCGUGUUUGCACUCACAUCUGUUCAUCAGAAACGACCUUUUCAUU